AUGGAAAUAAAGACAGGGAUGGUAGAGAAGGCUCUUUCAUCUUGCUACCUAAAAACUAAUAAAACGUCAGUUAUAUGCAGCAUACAUUUUGAGCAGAAGGGCGAGACAGACUCGUGGGUCGAGGUGAAUUUUUCAGAUGUGCUCCCCCUGAAAGUCUGUUCCCCUAUUGUUUCUAUUGCCGAUUCGUUGUUAUCGUCAAAGUCCCGGUCCACGAAAAUCAAAGUAUCGUUUCACGCAGUGAAGUAUGGCGAGGACUUGUUUUCCUGCCUUGUGAAUUCUUUUUCUAUGUGUGUCAUAUUAUCCGGGAUCAGAGUCGUAGACACAAUCUGCUCUGGUACUGUUUAUGCAGGGAAGGAUGGGAUUUCGCUUGCAGGGGGGCCUGAUCUACUUCCACUGCAUAUGGUGUAUGUAAUUCACAGGAAAAGAAUUAUGCAAGUCCAUUUUGACGGGAUUUUGGAUUCCACUCUUCUUGCUGAUGCCACUGAGAAGCUCGUUCAUAGAUGCAUCGAGCAAAGUGUGUUGAUGAAGUCUAAGGUGGAGGAUGUUGUGAACGAUAUCGUGAAUGGAUGA